UUUUCCCCAUUCAGCCACACAGCGUUCAGUGGACGGUUAUUGUGCGGUAAAUAGAAGGUCGUCGUAAACCCGUAGGAAUUUCUCUCACUCUCUCUCUCUUUCUCUCGCAAACCGGAAAACCGGUUUUUAUAUAUUUUGGAUAAAGAUAAUCCUUAAUUUUUAAAGGUGAAGAUGGCUACCAACCGUGCUGCUAAAAGUGGUUUUGCCGCAGAGGCUCAACGUAAGGUUAAUGCCAAAUACAGUGAGCAAUUGGCCUCAGAAUGCUUGGAAUGGGUGAGAAGCAUUACCGGCGAGGACAUAAACACUGCAGGAGAUAUGGAUAGUUUUUAUGAAACCUUAAAGGAUGGAACUUUACUCUGCAGGCUGGUAAACGCGAUCCAACCGGGCACCAUAAAGAAGAUCAACAACACCCAGAUGGCUUUCAAAUGUAUGGAAAACAUCAACGCGUUCCUGGAAGCCGCCAGGAACUUCGGAGUUCCCGCCCAAGAAACAUUCCAGACGGUCGAUUUAUGGGAGAGGCAGAACUUGAACUCUGUCGUCAUUUGUUUGCAGAGUUUGGGCAGAAAAGCGAGCAAGUUCGGUAAACCGUCCAUCGGACCCAAAGAAGCGGAGAAAAACGAACGAGUGUUCACCGAAGAAAAACUGAAAGCAGGGCAAACGAUCAUCGGAUUGCAAAUGGGGUCCAACAAGGGCGCCAACCAAUCAGGCAUUAACUUUGGCAACACACGCCACAUGUAAUUUUGUUCUAUUUUUUCUUUGUAAUUGUUAAACUAGACAACGAUGAUUUUUUUGUCUUCUUAUGUCAAUUCUUGUAUAUUUUAUUGAAUAGAAUUAGCGGGAAUUCUUAAAAACAAAAAAGAAAAAAAAGCCUAUAUAUGACUGUUAUAAUAAAUAUUAUUAUAUGGUAGGAAUGCGUUGACGUAUUUAACCAAAAUAAUUAUUAAGGUGACAAUUUGUACAUUUCUCUCUCUUUCUCUCUAUUUUUUUUUGUUUCAGUUUAGCUAUUUAUUAUUAUUAAGGAAUUUUUGAUCCUUUUUUUCCAGAUUUUAUUAUAUACCUACAUUCCAAAAUCAAUUCCAUUCUUCCACUUUAUAUAUGCAUUUAUAUACUAUUUAGGGCCUUAUAUAAAAGAAUUUUUUAUUUAUUUUUUUUUAAUAUAUAUAUAAUCAUAGUUUAAAAGAUCUGUAUGUGCCUAUACUUAAAAAAAACAUUGUUUGUUCCAAGGUUUAUUAUAAUGCAGAUUAUAAUUAUUUAUUGUUGAAGUUUCAAAUUCCUUACUAUUGUAGGACCAAUAAUACUGUACUAGUGAAAUAAACUAGUAUUUUUUCUAUAUA